CGAGAUGGACGGGUCACAAUUGACGCUAAUGGCCAAAACCUGUACCAAUUUCAGCGACCCUCGAACAAUGGGGCCUACCAUAUCAUCAACGUGGAGCGCAAUGGCGAGAUGCUUAUCGUCACUCUGGACAACCAAGACGUGAUUAGAGCCCCACUUGCCGGUGAGCACAUUGUUUGUCAAUUUUCCGCAGACCUAGAGUGCCUUUUCGGGGCACAUGAAUAG